AUGAAUGAACAUAAUAUUCCAAUCGAUGUCGAUCAAUGCUUCAAAUAUGAUAAUAUCCAAGCAUUAUUUAUGCAUUAUGAACAAACACAAGAUAUCAAAGAAUUCAUUGUUAAAACAAGUUAUUAUCUCUCUUGUGUUUGGGAACCAAUUUUUUCUGCAUUGUCUGAUAUUUUUGAUGAAAAAUACCGAGGACUUCUUAACAGUGCCAAAAUAAUUGCAGCUUAUGAGCGUGAUGGAUUUUAUGAUGGAGAUGUCAACAUCGAUGAUUAUUAUGGAAAAACUAUUCUUCAUUAUGUUGCAGAAUAUUUUCAACAAGUAUAUGAUUUAAUACUUGAAAAUGAACCAGAUCUCGUCUUCGUGCAAGACAAAGAAGGAAAGACGGCUCUUCAUUAUGCAGUAAUUAGUGGUAAUAUAGAUCUCGUAAAUGAACUAAUCUCUAAUGAAAGUGCUAAUAUAUGUGAUAAAGAAGGGAGGUUGCCACUUCAUUAUGCUGCAAUAAGUGGUGAUGUAAAAAUGGCAUUAGAAGUCAUAGAUAAAACAAUCAAUAUAAGGAAAAGGGAUAAUAAUAGGAAGAUUCCUCUUCAUUAUGCUGUAGAUGAUAGAGAAAUGUUCGAAGCCCUAGUUUAUGAUUAUAAUACAAGGACCCAGUAUUACGAACUAGAAGAUGCUUUGGAAUGUAAAGCUUCUGCCGAUUCAUGCAUACAGCACUUCAUUUGUGAUUGGGAGAAUGGAUUGUGGGAACAUGGAGAUGACUAA